CCAACAUGGCGGCCGGGUGAACAAGUGUUUUUUCGUCCCUAAGUGUCACGGCCAGUGACUUCGUGUACAAAAUCCUCCGACAAAAAUACCACCGUUUAUCUAAAGGAUUUCCUCCCAGGAAAAACUCAACCUCAACCUGGACCAGAUGUUGCGAUGAUGUAGAACCAUCCGAAACAGACAGUUGUGCCAUCAGGAAGCCACCAUGUCCAUGGCCAGGAAUGCUCCGUUUGGGACGGACGAUACGCCGGAGAUCGAGGUCAAGAUCAUUGGCAGUAAACGUGUUCAGGUCCUGCGGGAGAAAAAACAUGGGAACCCCCUGUUGGCCCCCCUGCCUGACAGCCCAUCUCUCCUGACACAGCCAGUCUACAAGGACUACGAAAACCUGAGCAGCUCUCAUAUCAAACAGGGCUAUACUACUACUGAUCAGCAUGAGAGAGCCAAGUUAGUUCCAUCCCAGACUGCCCAGCCUGACAAGAGUAACUCCCAGCUACACGGAACCAACUACAAGGUCAGCUCCAAGGUCCUCCCCCCGAUCAGUCGAACCAGCACCAGUUCUGACGGCUCGGGCGGUCAGAGCUCCGUCUUAGGAGAAGACCCCACCAUCGCAAACCAGCUCCACAAGAUACUCAAGAAAUACGACACCAAGAAAUUCAAGGACAUGUACGUGGAACUUGUCGGGUACGACCGCAAUCUUACCGGUUACGUCAAUCAGUCGCAGCUGAAUCUGGUGUGUUUGCGGCACCAACUUCCGCUCACGGGAUCGACGCUGCAGAUUAUGUUCUCGCGGUUUGCGUCCCCGGAGGACGACGAGAGUAUAAACUACGAAAAGCUGCUGCAGUUUCUCUCGGCUGCACAGCUGAACAAGCCGGUGAAACAGUCGACACUGUCGGCGACUGUGGACAAGUUUAUAGGAGGAGGGGACAGUACUAGCUCCUCACAAAAGUCAAAGGCUGGGAGCCAGACUGCUCCAGAGCUGCGCAUCAGGCAGAAGUCACACACACAGGAGAACAUCCUAACAAGCCCAGGUUCCGGGCUAACAAGUCCCAGUAUCAGCCUCCCCCAGACAACCUCUACAAUAGGUGGGCAGCUGAAGCCAGAAAGCCCUGUGGCCAGACACCGCACGGGAAGCUUCUCAGACCGCGAGGCGGCCAAACUUCUCCGCCUGUUAGAGAACCAGUUCACGUCCUUGGAGUCAGACGACCUUGACCUCCAGGCUGUGAGGAACACGUUUGAGGAGGUGGACAGACAGAGAGCAGGCAUGCUGUCACGGAAACAGCUUGAAGAUGUAGUUGUGAAACACAGACUGCCGAUCCAGGGUUCCCUCAUGGAGAAACUACUGAAGAGGUGUGAGGUGGAGGCUGGGCUAUUCAGCUGGAAGACCCUGGUGGAGUUUCUGGAGAGAGUGAGACCUCUGGAGAUCCCCUCCAAGCAGAAGCAGGGUGUGAAGAGACCGGGAACAUGGCCUCGGAACAAGAACAACACGGCCCCUCCCUCAGUCUCUCCUGAAGUACCCAAACCUCCGCCAUGGGAAACCAGGAAACCUCUGGAGAGGUUGGAGAAGCGUCCUGUCCUGAGCCCAGAGGAGCCACAGAUUGAGAGAAUUUCCCACACCGGGAACACCAGCACCCCCUCCAGCUCCGGUGGACUCUCCCAGGGCACCAACGAGGACGAGAUCUCGCCGCGGACCUCGCUGGAGGAUUCUCAGCGGGAUCUGGAUCGGCUGAUCCUGGCUGCGCGGGAGAAGCAGCGUGCGCGGGGGAAGGCGGCGGUGCACCUGGAGGACCAGGAGGACUGGGACCAGCGCUUCCUGCACCUGGCCAAGGCACUGUUUAACUGUGACGAGCUGGGAACAGGAUACUUGGAGCUUCCUGAAGCCAAGAGGCUGGUGAGAAACUACAACCUCAUCUACAACCUGGGCUUUGAAGACGCUCGCAUCGAAAACACCCUGACCCAGUGUUCCGCUGACGGAAAGGUCGCGCUAGAACCACUCAUACAGUCACUCCGCGUAAAGCUGUGACCGAGAAAACAAACAAACAAAUAUUAUUGGGACUAACAAAUAAGACUUAAAUAUAGUACAUAUUUUUCCCUAAGCUGAAAAUUCUGCAAUUUCAUAACUUGAAAAACUGCAUUUAGCUUUUUAACAUUCGUUUUUUGUUGCAAACAUUUUAAACCAUAUUAGAGUCUCAUAAGCCUGUUUCUGUUUGAAGAUUUUAUGACAGGCCGUGAUUUUCACAUCAAUUAUAAAAUGCUGCUCUUAUAAAUAAUCAUGAGUAUAUUUCAGAUCAUUUAAAAUAAGGACUUCAUGAUCAUUAUUAGCAGUUUGGUCAAGGUAAAUCUGCACCAGACUUUCUGGUAUAGUCUAUUGUCUAAUCCAAAUAUUUGUACAAUAAUUUCAGUAUAUAAUGGCAAGUAACAAUGAUGUAUUAUCUAUAUUUUGCCAUUACAUGCUGUGUACUGGAAAAGAGUUUUACUUAAUUUGUAAUGUACUAAGUGAUUGAUCUCUAAGUGAAUGAUCUCUGAUCUGUGUCUGAUCGCUUUGCUUGUAUUAGCACUCUUACCACAGUACCCUGUGAAAAAAGGAUUUGUGAUGUCAUUUCUGCUAAAAGUUGCUAUUGCAUGAGAACAAAAUAAGAAAGCCACAAGAUGCCACAGAACAAAGUCUUGAGGAGUAUAACUUUCUUACACUACCAUGUUGCUCUGCCGGUAUGUUGUUUUUGUCCUUGUUGCACAGUUAAAGCCAGUAUGUUAGUAUUUGUAAACUUCUUGUUCUUGUGUAUGAUUGUAUAUAGUGGUACAGGCUUGUACUUGUAUAGGAUUGAUGCGUACUUGCAUAUCAAACACAUUGUGUCUGUUCAACAAUUGAAGUGAAUUAAGAAGAAUCAUAUUGUGUAAAAUUUUGAAACAAUAAUGUAUUCAGAACAUAUAGAAAGGUAAGUAUAUUGUGUAAUUGUAGACGACUGAGGAAGAAAAAGUUUAAAUUAAAAAGUAUCUUUGACAUCUAAUCUUGAAUAAUGUAUUACAAAGUUUAACAUAGAUUUUAAUAAAGACACAUGAUAUGAUAUUAAUUACUAGCUCUACAUACACCUUGUACACUUUUGAAGUGUUGAUAGUAUUUUGUAUAUUGUAUAUUGUGUCCUAACUACUGUAACUGCCUGUACUGUAUAUUCUGUCAUUUGUGUACAUUUGUACAAAAAUGCACUGCUAUAUUUGUGGAGCUCUAAGUACUGAGAUUGAUAUGUUUAUGCUGAACACACAGUCUUUACACAAAUUGUACUAAUGCUAACAUUGUCUGACUGUUUCUUUAUGAAUGAAUAAAUGAAUGACCUCAACUUAUUGAAUGAUUAAAUAAAUAAACAAAUAGAUAAUUACUGAAUGAUUGUAUAGAUUAACAAUGUUCAAUGAGGUUCAUCUUCAUAUAGCUUCCAAAUGCCUGGAAGUUCUGGGGCAAAAUCGCCUAAUUUCUAUCACAAAUAACAAAUGUCAUGACACAAACUUUUCAUAACUGUUUUUGAAGAGGAGGAGGCGUAGUUUUGGGAGUGUUUUCGGCGGGCUUGGUAGCAAAAGUUGCCGGGCGGUUGUAAGGAGGGAGCCGGUGUUGCUCCGCGUAAACUUCGGCGCUCAGCGGUACAUUUUAAAGUCAUUUUACAAUCAUAGAUUACUACCCCCGUUAAACUACACUACACCUCCGGCCCUGCCGCGACAUCUCCGGCCGGGCCGCAACAUCGGGCUCCUCCUAGGCUUCAAGGCCGCGACCAUCCCACGGUCUCAGAUACGCCGCACCGCAUGGCCGGUCAGAUUGCCGCUAGCUGGCCGAGCACGAAUCGGCCUAGCCCCCGGGCCUGGCCCUGGUACUGACUGGCACUUCCAGCCAGGGUUCCCUCCCUCUGUUUUUCUCACGGAUAGAGCCACACAAACGUCGUUCGGUAACUUGUGGAAUAACACCGAGAUGUGCCCCUUUCCUCGGCUUCAAGGCCGCGCGACGACAGUCCAACGGUCUCAGACACGCCGCGCCGUAUAUUCGCUCAAACCGCCGACUGAAGUGUGCCGACUUUGGAGGAAUGUACGCUCAAAACCGGAGG